AGGUGAGAGAACUAGGGCAACACUAUAUAAAUUUCGUACUUAUGUUUUAGGGUUUUUGCUUCUCCGUCUUCCUCAUUUGCAGUAGCAGUCUUGUGCGUGUUUAUCAUCCGACUGAGAAAAUGGUCAAGGGACGCCAAGGAGAACGUGUCAGACUCUACGUUAGGGGAACCAUCUUGGGAUACAAAAGGUCCAAGUCCAACCAGUACCCAAACACGUCCCUUAUUCAGAUUGAAGGAGUCAACACUACAGAGGAGGUGACAUGGUACAAGGGAAAGAGGAUGGCUUACAUCUACAAGGCUAAGACCAAGAAGAACGGUAGCCACUACCGCUGCAUCUGGGGCAAAGUUACCAGGCCUCACGGUAACAGCGGUGUUGUCCGUGCCAAAUUCACAUCCAACUUGCCUCCUAAGUCCAUGGGAAUGAGGGUCAGAGUCUUCAUGUAUCCUAGCAACAUAUGAAGCAAAAGUACAAGAGCAAGAACUUUGAUUUAGCUGUGGUUUUGUCCACUAGUUCGUUAUUUUGUAUUUUGAUACUGAGACCGUUUUCCUUUCUUUGUUUGAAGUGUUUUGGUGAUUAUCUGAACGACUUUAAAAUAUCA